AUGUUGGACGUUCUGCUGAACCUUCAGUCCAAGGAGAACCGGACGAGCCAACCCGCCAACCCUCUUGUCAGCUCAACACCUCCUCGAUGCCAUCAAAAGUUUCACCAUGGCCCUCCAAACGACACUGAAAAUCCAAAACGUUUCCAGGGUCAAAGCGACGAGGAGGUCGGGAGGUCGUCCGAGCGCCCUUCAUCCUUCAACCGUCCCGUUGUUCGUGGGGUGGAGCUGAGGCCGUGCACUGCAGAUGCCAUCUCACACUCUAUUGAAAUACCCCGCUUCGGGGAGGAUUGCAGGCUAAUUAAUCGCGCAGCCACCGAUAUUAACGGAUAUUGGAUGGGCGAGUCGAGGCAUCCGACAGGGUGGAUAAACGCAUCCUUCGCGCUUCUAAGCCAAACAGACGACGCGGCGCUGACUCGACUUCCUGGAUUUCGGAAUCAUCCAGAUGAGAAAGAUCUCUUGACUGCUUUGAUUAUAUUGAAAUUGCGGAGAGAGCCAGAUCCGAAUGCACACCCAUUCCACGCGAGACGCCUGCACACUGCAGACCACGGAAGUAUUAGCUCCAUUAGCCUGCUGCAAGCAUGGUGUUGGCUCCGAAUCCUACAGAAAUUCCCGCCGGAAGAGGACGCAUCGCAGAAUCUGUUUAGCGAAUUUGCGCCGGAAGUCGUGAUUUGUUUGGCGACUUUCUUUUCGCUAGCAGAUGGUCUGGUUAGAGAUCCCGUGCUCGGCUGUUUCGAAACCCCCUUGAGCGCAGAACAAGCCUUGUUAGCUCUGCAGAUUCUGAUACAGGUACCAUCGCCCGAAGGCAUCUUCGAUGCCCGUUCGAGGAGGCGUCUUGCCGUUUUGGCGUUGGUGAACGGUGCGCAUCCCCAAGUGAAUGCCCAGAUCACGGGGCCUCUCCUCAAACCUCUUCAGCUCCUGCAGAUUGCACCUUCCGACACUGUGACACCCACUGUGACUAUCGGUCUUAACAUCCUGAAAUAUCGAUGGAUGCCGGAAUGGCACCAUGUCAAUUCAUCCUCCUUCACCCUUACCGGCAAUAUGCGGACUCAGCCUUAUCUGUUGAUGAAUGCUGGAGGGAACUUUGUGCGGCGUGCCGGCGUUCGUCUCUUGAGUCGCAUACAGGACGCGACGUUCUCCUUGCGUUUCAUGGCUCGCUUUGUGCGCUGUUUGGUUUCUCAGCCUUGUCUGCGCUCCUUGAAAGCUAAGUCGAACGACAUGCCAUCGCAUACUGCAUGCGCGAAACAUGGCACACGAGUGAAGGAAUAUGUCGAGGAGAGGGAGCUUGCAAGGCGUCCAGAGUCCAGGGUGUUGGAAAGAAAAAUUCGGGCUAACCAGCCGGGAGACGGUUCGACAUAUGCACUUCACGACUCUUUGCACUUUUUCGGCCGACUAAUCGACGAGACACAUCCCUUAGCUCUUGGUUCAGCAUUAUUUUCAAGGAACCCACCCGCCUGCCAACCCCUUGGGCUUAAAAAGCUUUACGUCGUCUCCAAAGUCUCACCGAACUUUCAUCUUUCUGUUGUCCCCUUCCAGUUCAAUAUCUCAAGUCUCCAACCUACGGUUACCUUACAAUACCAUACUCUCAUCAAUACCAUGAAAGUCAUCGAUACACUUGCCGAGGCGUACACGUCUCGGAACAACUAG